GAACGACAUCCUGAGAGCAUUUCCCUUUUCAUUGCUGUAUAGCAUCAUCGUACACUAGGAUGAGGUGAUAGGAGUCUUACCAAUACAAGGUUUUGGAGCUAUAUUUUAUAAAAGACGGGAACUACCUCCGCUCUUGAGUAAUUCACUCCCGUCCACCAUGCCAGUCGCUGUUCCCCAACUCGGUUCUUACCAGUACGUCGCGGAAACAAAGGAGAACCUCGACUGGGCUGAUCUUGUGACCGUCGACCUAAGCCUAUAUAGCACACCUGAGGGCAAGAAACAAUUGGCGCAGACUCUCAUUGACGCUGUGCGCGAGAAGGGGUUCUUUUAUGUCAAGAACUUUGGCAUAUCCCAAGAAAGCGUUGAUAGACAGUUCGCCUUGGGAAAGCAGUUUUAUGAGCUUCCGUUGGAGGAGAAGUCCAAAUACAUCCCAGAGGGACUAGAUCAAGGAAAAUUUAAUGGCUAUGUUCCGGCUGGCCGUAGAAUUAUCGAUCCUGCAACUAACCUGAGGGACCAUGUCGAGGUUUACAAUAUCCCCAAGUUUAACGGGUUCUUCCCUCAACAGCAUCCCGCAGUCAUCAAUGACAACUUAAAGGAAAUCGAAGAAUUUGCACGGUCGCUGCACACUGAGGUCUUGGACCCGCUAUUUGUGUUACUAGCCAUUGCUCUCGAGCUCCCUGAAGACUACUUCACCAAACUCCACAAAUACGAAGUCAAGAGUGAGGAUCACCUGCGGUACAUGAAAUACUCAAAAUAUACACCUGAGGAAAACGCAAAACUAGAGAACUGGGUUCCCGGCCACACCGACCUCGGGAGCUUCACGCUCCUGUUCCGGCAGCCUGUUGCAGCACUUCAGAUCCGAUACCAUAGUAACAAUGAAUGGAAGUGGGUCAAACCGCAAGAUGGUACCCUCACAGUCAAUGCAUGCGACGCCUUGCAAUUUUUAACCGCAAAUUAUGUCAAAAGCACCAUUCAUAGAGUUACCACUCCCCCGAAGGAUCAGCAACACGUAGACCGGCUCGGCUUGCUGUACUUCUCUCGUCCUCACAACGACGUCACUCUGGCGACGAUCAAAGACUCCCCCGUCUUGCAGCGAGAAGGAUACACUCAGAACCAAUUCGAGGCCGGUGGGAAUAAUGUGCCAACGAUGGAAGAAUGGACAUUUGCGAAACAGAAAUGGCAAAGGACCAAGGGAUAUCGCGAGAAUGUCGAGCAUCGUACGGCGACGAUUCUUCCGGGUUUCAGAGAGCAGAUUUAUGCCUAAAAAGGGGAGUGAAUGUGUAAUAUAUUGGUCAUGUAUCAACUUCGCAUAAGCAUUCGUGUAGCAAAGAAUUUAUCAUUCUGAAGAAGACGUGCCGG